UGUGUUUCUUUUAAAUUUUACCAAACAGAUUUUAUAUUUUUGCGAGAUUUGUUUUCUUAGACAUAAUAAUCGUGGGAUUUGAAGACGGUUUAAAUACAAUUAUUACCGUCGGCCGCUCCUUUUUAUAAAAGCCUCAGCCUCACUUCUCAAUUUAAGACUGGACACAAUGGGGAAAAAGCAAAACAAGAAAAAGGUGGAAGAGGUUCUAGAGGAGGAGGAGGAAGAGUACGUCGUGGAAAAAGUACUGGACAGGCGUAUUGUAAAAGGAAAAGUGGAAUAUCUGCUGAAGUGGAAAGGAUUCUCGGAUGACGACAACACAUGGGAGCCUGAGGAGAACCUUGACUGUCCUGAUCUCAUCGCAGAGUUCUUACAGUCUCAGAAAAUAGCACAUGAUGGCAUAGAUAAAACAGAGGGGCCCAAACGGAAAGCAGAGUCUGAUACUGAAACUGAGGAAAAUAAAAACAAGAAGAGGAGAGAAGAGCAGGAGAAGCCACGGGGUUUUGCGAGAGGACUGGAGCCAGAGCGUAUUAUUGGGGCGACAGACUCAAGUGGAGAGCUCAUGUUCCUCAUGAAGUGGAAAAAUUCUGACGAGGCUGAUUUGGUUCCAGCAAAAGAGGCUAACGUCAAAUGUCCCCAGGUGGUUAUCUCGUUUUAUGAGGAACGUCUGACGUGGCAUUCGUACCCGUCUGAAGAGGAAGAAAAGAAGGAGGAAAAGUAACCAAGGGAGAGGAGCUCAUGCACUUCCCGUUUACAACUUUACAAGACGAGAAAAUAAUCCCGACUUUUCAGAAAGUGGUUUUCAGUUGUACAGGUGUAUAGUUCUCCGGGUGUACCUUUUCUCAAUCCUUUCAGACCCAUAUCAUUGUCAGCGUUUGUGAGGGGAUGGGACAGGUUGUGUUUUUAAAUACAGCAUGAUUUUUUUUUCCUCCAGGUUUUGAAUAACAACUGACUGUAGAAGCCAGUGAAUUGUAGAUUAGUUACCUUGGCUUGUAGCGUAGGGUUUGAGUCCUUGAAGGGGAAAGGAAUCCGUAGCAGUUGAUGUGCCAUUAAAUAGUAGCCUCUUUUAAUAUGACAUGCGGCGGUUUUGUUUGAAAUUCUUUUUCCCCUCACCCCACCCUUUUCCUUCGCAUGUUCCAGAUCUGAAGGGCAGCUUGGGUGGAAUUUAUCUGACUGGUUGAGGUGUGGCAGCUACUUUAGAAAGCCCUAAAUUGUUGUCUGCGAGUUGCAUUUGCACCUUGCUUGGGGGGAAUUUAGUGGCUCCAGCUCAUGAGUAUCCUGCCAAUGGGAGCCUCAUUUGAUGCCAGCUCCCCCCACUCUUCACACAUGAGCACCAAAACCUCUGCAGAGAAGCUGAGGAACACUGGAUAGCAAAGGGGCUAUGUGAUACUAAACUAACUUGUGGGAGGAGCAGUAAUUUUCACAGCCUCCCUCCCCUGGAUUUGUGUCUUUGUUUUUAGAUAGUGUUACAGUAAGAGUCUCCUCUUGUUGGUUGGUGCAGGCUACUUUACAAUGAAAUGAUAAACCUCAAUUAGUGGAGGGGACAGGCAUUCUUAAACAGUCAGAAACUGUUGGGCAAGCAUUCUUUAAGGGUCAAAUUCUUGAGGUUGCUGAUUGGCUUAUUGCUUAAGAUGGAGUCAUUUGCACCAAAGCAGCUCAUUGUUCUUGUGUCAUAGGCAGCAGUUACAUUUUUUUAAUUUUAUUUUUGUAUUAAUACCUGCUCAUUCUUAUAACUUCCACUGCCUAAUGCUGGAAUCCCUUGGGCCUGCCUGAGACGGAGGAUGCAGACAUGUAACACGGACAGGACUGUAGAAAGACAUAGCAGACUGUGGUAUUGGGACAGAGAAGAGGCAAAUCUGUUUUUCAGGUGUGGGCCAUUUUUUUUUGUGGUCAGAUAGAGGUUUACACCUGAAGCAUUACCUCAUGUUUCACUGUGCCUUUCUAGCUUUCCUGCUCAUAUCACACACGUGGGUUUAUGAUGGUACAAGUUAUGAGAUUCCAACUAAGGCCCCACAGUGCAUUCCCCACUAUCUGUCUCACCAUCCCUGGACCAUUGACUUUUGAGGAUGUGCAUUCCAGUGCUCUGAUAAUUCCAUCUUUAUUUCCAGACAGUUGUGCAGUAUGUGGCCAGAGGUUAUCCAAUUCAUUGGUUGGUAAGGAGCACUAGAGUAGAUACUAGGAGGAGUAAAGCUCACUCUGGGAAUGUUGGCUAACAUCCCAAGGAACUCUUCAGCUCAUUUGGUCCCAGGAUACCUGUUCAUUAUCAACUCAGUUGCUUGAUUGGUCAAACUUCUUGCUUAACCAGUACUUUAUAUCUGUUCAACCUGUCUGAGUAGAGGAGGAGGGGGAAGUUGAGGUAGAUAUGUAAGUGCAGCACUGGGUGACUGGUUUACAUCUCCCUUUCCUGAGAUAUAGAUCUUAGGGAGUGUCACAGUCAUUGGAUGGCAAGUGGGGGAUUGGUGAGGGGAGGAUAGAAUUUGGAUUUACCUGCCCAAGUCAGUAACAAAAUCACAAAUCAAACCAAAAAACACAAGGCUGCCUUUUUUUUUAAUUUCCCUGUAGGAUUGUGAUUCUUAUUUGAAUACUGGCUGUGGUUUGUUUGGUUGGAGGGGGGGGUAAGAGGAAGAAAGAACAAUGUCAUCCAAUAUAACCCAUGUACUGUAGGUCUGAACAGGGAUGUGGCUGCUUGUCCCCUGAUGGUCCCUCCCAACUGGCUUGAACAUCAGAAAUCCAACACUGUCCUAAUGCAGGAAAAGUAUUGCUUCGACAAAGUGUUUUUGUGUUACUGGAGUAAGACUGAUUAUGUUUUCAUUAGUAAUCUUUUUAAAUGUGAUUGGGGGGGGGUGUUUGUCUGAGGUAUUUGUGGAAGGAAAUAUAUAAGCAUGGAAACUAAAGUAUUAGUGCCACUUUCCUAAUUUUCAUACAUUGCAGCUCUUCUGUCCAAUUCACAUUUAAUCAUCAAAUGUCUUUUAGACGGGGAGAACUGAUUUUAGCUGGUUUUAAAGGAUCUGUUUUGUAGAAUUCCUAUUAAGUAUUGUGAUAAAUGCUCCUGCAACACCACACCCUGUGUGUUGUUUAACAGGCACGCAAAUAUUGUGUAAUAAAACAGGAAAAACACUAA